AUGCGGCCGUCAUCGCAUCGGCGGCCAAAAUCAUCCGCAGCAUCCGAUGUGGGACGCCGCAUCCGCUACUCUGACGCCCCGCCGUGGGACAGAUCUAUUCGAGUAAAUGGGGACAGGGCACUGUCAGCGGGCAGAGCAUCGCGCAGAGGGCCUGAAAUGAUGAAGGCAAAGCUGCAAGGGACACCUGCUCGACCCUCGCACUGCAAUUUGGUUACAACACAAGCCGCCACAUUGGUGGCCACCGUACCACCCGUAAAUGAGCCACAAGUGGAGCUUAUGAGUCAGUUGCAAGAUGUCGUCGUGCGGCUAUCGCAAAGUGCAGUAGGGGAAAAGCAACGCUUGGCUCACAUGCAACAGCGUCUGGAUGCCUAUGCGGCUUUGAUGCGGGAGCAAGACCGCAUGAUUGAUGAACUACGAGGAAUGAACAUUCGAUUACAAAAGGAGAGGGAUGCGCUUAUUUUAUUUCGACAACAGAGUCUCAAUCAUGACCUUCAUUUGAUGAAUAACCUUGAAAACGAUGGAGGAAUAGACGAGGAGGCUCGGCGGGCUUACGCCAAAUAUGAAGGACAAAAUAAUUCAUAUGGAACUCCUUGCAAUGGUUCACUUGGAGCAAUGACUCCGCGUUCACGUGGUUUUGUACGCUCCCUGGUAGCUCAACUGCGCGAUGAGCGGCGCAAGCGCCUCGAGGUAGAGGAGCAGAGUAGUCGUAUGAUUGGGGAGCAGCAAUUGACAAUUCAACGACUUGAGGAUCGCCUGAGACCACAAGUCGUAGCCCCUCGCAGUGUUUUAGUUGCUCGAUUGGAAAGCCCACAUGUCUCUUCGCAUCAAAGGGCGUCAAAUGAAGAAAAAGAUGCCGUUAAUACCCCAUUGCAAUGUCCUUGCGUCGAUUCUGUGAGUGCGCCAAUGUCAUCGCCAAAUUUCUCUGUGGUAAAUCAAGAGAAGAGACUUACAGAAGUAAAUCCGAUGGCACCUGCCGUGCCGCCCAUUCCACUGCCAGAGCGCAAUAAAGAGGCCGUUAUCACCGAACAAGUUCAUCAAUCGCCUGCAGUAAGUAUGGACCAGCAGAUUACACCACCUCUCGAAGUUCCCUUGAAAAUUCACAGUACAAGUUACGAUGAUGCCGCUGCUAUUUUAUUCGACAUAAGAAAAAGACAUGGACUAUAA